AAACAAAAUGCAGACCUUUGUAAAUGUUUUUCUGGGAUUUUUUAUCUUUGAGUCUGUUGGAGCUGCCCCUAUCAGUGAUACCAUAAUUUAUGAUUCUGAGUUCUAUGACAUACCACUUGGAGAGCUGCCUCACCCAUUUGCCUAUGAUGAAAACAAGCAGUCUGACCAAGUAGAGACAGAUAUUGGGACAAAACUACAUUCUGUAAUUCAAGAGAGUUAUUCUUCUGCACCAUUGACAGAAGAAACUGAGGAUGAAGCAUCAACACCAAAAUUAAUUGAUGGGUCUUCAGCACAGGGGUCAGGGGUUCUUGGACCCCAGACUCAAGAUGGUCUUCCCACUUGCCUUUUGUGUACAUGCCUAGGGACCACAGUCUACUGUGAUGAUCGUGAGCUUCAUGCUGUUCCGCCAUUGCCUAAGAAAACCACAUAUUUCUAUUCACGCUAUAACAGAAUCAAGAAGAUCAGCAGAAAUGACUUUGCUAACUUAAACCAUUUAAAGAGGAUUGAUUUGACUGCAAACUUCAUAUCAGAUAUCCACAAGGAUGCCUUCCGAAGAUUGCCCCAACUUCAGGAGUUGGUGCUCCGUGACAAUAGGAUAAGACAACUCCCUGAGUUACCAACUACCUUAACAUUCAUUGAUGUUAGUAAGAACAGGCUUGGUCACAGAGGGAUACCAAAUGAGGCAUUUAAAAAUCUGGAUGAACUGCAGCAUCUUUAUAUCACUGACAAUAACUUGGAUCACAUUCCAUUGCCACUCCCUGAAAGCCUACAAGCUCUUCAUCUUCAGAACAACAACAUUCAAGAGAUGCAUGAAGAUACUUUCUGCAAAAUGAGAGAUUUUACUUAUGUGCGUAGAGCACUUGAAGACAUCAGACUGGAUGGUAAUCCCAUCAACCUGAGCAAAACACCUUAUGCUUACAUGUGUCUACCCCGCUUGCCAGUUGGUAACCUCAUCUAAGCUA